AUGCUUUACACACCAGACAUUUCCCUUGUUGAGUACGGUGUCUCCCUCCAGAACGGGUUCCUCCCGGAAGUUCCUCCCGUACGAAGAUUGGGAGACCCCUACUAUUCUCCGUGGGAGGACAUCGCACAAGACUUGCCUGAGCUCAUCCAAACUGGUACAAUCAGAAGGUCUGUGGAUGGCCUGGAUAUACUCUCUACGAAGAAGUUGCGGGGAGAACCUGAGUGGCGGAGAGCAUAUGUUGUGCUUGCUUACCUUACACACGCCUACAUCUGGGGUGGUGACAAGCCGAAAGAUGUGCUACCCCCCUGCAUCUCACGCCCAUUCAUCGAAGUAUCGAACCACUUGGAGCUACCACCAUGUGCCACUUAUGCUGCCCUCAAUCUUUGGAACUUCUCGGUACCAUCCGCUGAUACAGACGUUACGGAUCCGGACAAUCUAUCAGUGGUGACCUCGUUUACUGGCACCAAGGACGAAGAAUGGUUUUUUGUUCUCUCCGUCGCCAUCGAGGCCAAGGGAGCACAGCUCAUCGAGCUAAUGCUGGAUGCUAUGCAUGGAGCCAAUGUCGAUGAUAGCAAGCGUGUUGUCUCUCGUCUUGAGCAACUGAACUAUGGUCUGAAGGAACUUGGUGACCUCUUGGAACGCAUGUAUGAAAAUUGUGCGCCGCCCGUCUUUUACCAUCAACUACGCCCAUACCUGGCCGGUAGUAAGAACAUGGCAUCAGCUGGGUUACCAAAUGGUGUAUUCUACGAUAUCGGGGAAGGCCGGGGCGAGUGGCACCAAUACAGUGGUGGUAGCAAUGCUCAGAGUUCGUUGAUUCAAGCCUUCGACAUUUUCUUGGGCGUGGAGCAUUCAGCCACCGGAGAAACCAAGUCUCACGGCAAGCCGAAUCCUCAAGUCAUGACUGGCUUCAUGCAGACCAUGCGAAACUAUAUGCCAGGCCCUCACCGACGCUUCUUGGAAAUGAUGCUCCGCACGUCCAAUGUGAGAUCCUAUGUCUUGAGCCACAAGCCCGGAUCUGCUUUGAGGGAUGCAUACAACAUGGCAGUUAUGUCACUUGGGGGAUUCCGCGAUAAGCAUGUGCGGAUGGUUACUCGAUACAUCAUCAUGGCUGCAAGGAGUCCGCCGCCAAACCAAGUAGCUUCGAGGACAAACCUGGCCACGACAACGUCGACAAUCGUGGACAAUUCUCAUGAGAAACUCAACGCCGGCGUCAGAGGAACGGGCGGGACAGAUUUGAUACCGUUUCUCAAACAGACCAGAGACACAACGAAGGCUGCAGCCAGCUACACCGACUAA